AUGUUGGGGCGUUUGAAUGUGGCCAAACAGCUUGCACGUCAGAAUUCACUGACUGGCGAUGGCAUACGCAACCUCGACUGCCUUGUUGAAAUGCUCAAAUCGGGGGACGCGGAAAGUGCGACAGAUAUACGGAUGGAUGGCCAGAUUGGGCAAGAAGCGCUCUUCUGCGCUGUCCUCCAGAGGUAAGUGCUGCCUCCUUUGAUCGUUGUAGCACUACUAAAUGCACGUUAGUAUGGAAUUGGAUUUUGGUUAAGAUAAUGUCUUGUGUUGAAUUGUUCCCAGGCUCCCGUCUCUCAGUUCUAGCACUAUAGUAAAAUCAAGGCUGGAUGGAAAAUGGUGCAGUAGACACUUGUAAUGUUUUCUUGGUGACCUAGCUUGAAAUCAUGCCAAGUGUCCCAGACACUAUGGACGCUCUCGUACACCAACAAUGUAUCCGCCUACUCAAUUAGUCACAUGAUCCCGGUCAUAUACGCCAGGCUGCAUGUUGCGACUGCGUUGAUUCCACAGAGUCGUUAGGACGACAUGCAUUUAUGCCAAUGUGCAAAUAUUGUCAGUAACUUUUCACGUUAGUUGUAGCCUUGGAUAUUACUUCUUACCAAUUGAGAUUUAGAUAGGCAAAUGUGAGGCGACCGGAUUUGCGUAAUGACACGUCGUCUACAUUACCAGUCAUCAGGCCCUUCCUUUCCCUCUUUCCUGCAGGUUGUCCGCAGUCGGACACGUCGGGGCCGGGGCUCAGUGGCUGGUUGUCGGUGCAGGAAGAGUCGCCCGAUCACUCAGUAAGUCAGUCCUCUGGACGCAUGAUGAUGAUGAUGAUGAUGACAUUGACCAGUUAGGGCAUUUUACAUUCCAUUGGUCGCUUAAUGCUCCCAAUAAACAUCUUCCCUCUUGCAACGUCCAGGGUGUCCCACGCCUACUGGUGAAGAUGGUCGAGGCCCUGCGCAGACGUGGCCUAUGCAUGGAAGGCAUCUACCGAGUGCCAGGCCGAGCCUCAAAGAUUCAGGCAAUCAUGCAGUUGGCCAAUUCCGUAAGUCACCUACCUCAUUAAUCCUAUGCAUGCAGUGAAACUUCAUGAAUAUUAAGCUGACUUACCCUUACAUAGGUGUGUGUGUGCUAAUAUGCAGAUUCGCACUUCUUUGCAAUUUUAGAAUGUGAGCGAGUUGUGUGACCGGCUGGUGUGGGACGAGGACGCUUUUGAUGGUCGGGCAAUUUCGUCAGCCAUCAAGCUCUACUUGGCCACUAUGCCUGUCAGACUUUUGAAUCCCCAUAUGUUUGCCUCAUUUGUGGCGUCGACGGCGAUGGGGAGAGCAUUGGAGAGAGGUGGCCGUUCUCUGCGGACACCAGUGGGCCUGGCUAGCGCACUAUGCCAAUUGCGAACAGCCCUCGUGAAGACCUUUGGCUGUCCCGGCAAUUCGAAGUCUGAGGACCGCGAGAGGGGGUGGCGCCUCGCAACGCUGGACUUUGUCAUGCGCCACUUCCGGGAGGUUGUGGCUCUUCAGGCCACUAACCGCAUGUCGCCUCGCGCGCUGGCAUUGUGCCUCGCGCCCUCCCUCUUCGGGUCCACGGAGAAUGCGGAGACCAACAGUCAGGUAUGCAUUAUAAAACAGCUGCUCCUUUUCAUGUCUUUCCAUGCAAACGCCGCAUUCUUUAGUGGUCAUUACCUGCUGCUUAUGCUAUUUCAUGUCUGCCACCAUCACCAUCAAUAGGUGCUGGAGCUGCUAAUUGAGCACUGGCCCUGGCUGUCAGAGUGUCUGCACCGGGGCAGCCAGCUGGUGUCCGCAGACCGUCUAGGCGAACCGGUAUCCGACGCCUGUCUCUAUGCUUGCCGGUAAGUCUCAUAAUGCCCACAUCCCUCCUUGCCAUUAUUUCGACUUCAUAUAUCCUGACAUUCACGCUUAGUAGUAGACUUGCUUAGUUUCUUACUGUGCACUCAUUUGCAUAUAAAUUCAUGCGAACAUUUUAGCCAUGCUAUAGUUCUUGAGGAUUUUGUCGCUGGCGACCUAGUUGUCACACUGAGGACUGCAGUACGGCCUCCAUGACAGCACAGCUAUUUUUCAUUCCAGUCCAAAGCAUAGGCUACACCAAUUAAACUAGAGUGCUGUUCAAUCUAAGGGGUACUCAACCAUGGCUCACUGAACACUCUCUCUCCCUUCUAGAUACCAGCGUCAUUGCUUCCUGCAGUCUCUCUGCCUACCACCGACCCUCCCACCGUCGCCGCCGCCGCCGUCUUCAGUCGACGGAGUUCGUACUGUCGCGUGUACAUAGCUUUCGUUCGAAUUAUCCACCCAUCAGUAUUUGCCCCAUUAUAAGUGUGAUUCUCCCUCGUCCCUAUUUUUGAACUUUUGGACAGUAUUAUUCCUUGGUCUCAUGUUUAUUCCAUUUCACGCAUUUGACGCUGUUUCGCUGACGUGCACUUUCCCUCUUUUUCGCCCGCGCUAACCCGCAGUGUUAUAUUACAUUUGUUCCGCCCCCUUACCACAGCCGUAAUUCACUUUCUUGUUAUUGGAAUGAUUAUCCUUGGUCCCGACUUUUGUCAUUUUCCUUGUUCUCAUGUCCAUUCCACUUUACAUAAUAAACCCUGUUCUUCUAACCUGCACUCUCUCUCUCUCUCUCUUUACCUCUCAUCUGGAUUAUUUGGGCAAGGUCUUAUGUUGGUGCUGGGUCUGGUCAUAGUCUGCAGACAGGAAGUUGAUAUCAACAGGUGUAUUUACAUAGGGAGAAUUUUGCUAAGUGAGGCUUACGUGACACAGAUAGAGACGAGUUUGCGAGUCGAUGGUUGGUACUGUCACAACGACUGACUGCAGUAGCAUCUCAAAUAAAUAACUGCUUCCAGUAGUUCGAUUCUGGCAAGAAUGACUCCAGUGGUUUACAAUCACCGCAGUCUGUUAUUAUUACUAUCAUCAUUGCAGUGUCGAUUUGCCGAUAAGUCUCAAAUUUGGAAGUCCUCUGUGUUGAUUGGAAGCGACUACUUCAGGUGAUGCGAUUGAAGAUCACGGCCUCCAGUAGUUCAGCCACGUAUUCCACCGUGAUCAACAGGAAUAGCCACAUACGGAGAAGGGAAAUAUUAUAGAAGUGUAUCCAAAGAUAUCCUGACGGGGAUGGUGGAUGUGGUACUUGUACAUGUGCUCGAUACGACUACGAUCAUGCCUGAUCUAGCUGGCCUCGAUGAUGCCCCAAACUGUACCUCUCCAUGCGUGAUGAUGCGAGGUAGCAGGUCUGCCCAUGUGUGUCCUGAUGGACAAAGUUAAGCGAAUGCAGGUUACUCAUCAUCGUUUUGUGGUCGACUCCAAUUACUGCUCCCAAAUCACGACGGCUCGAUGACGGCUCAUGUUCAAUAGUAAAAGCAAGUCCUCGCUGUUCAACUCUGAUGGUCGGCCGGAACGAGGCUGGUCCUCCAAACUGAUGCCGUCACAGUUAAAACGCUUGUACCAACGAUAAACAGAUGUGCCGUGCAUAGACCCUUUUACCUUCCACGUCACAAAUCUCCUUCAAAAGUCUUCGUUUCCGGCAACAGUGAAUCAGGAUUCGAAGCUCAUCUGAUACAUAGGAAUAAAGUCGAAACUGGAACACAUUGUACAAAAUUAUAAAAAAAGGCUUCUUUAAAAAGCAUAAAUAUGUAUAAAAACAUCAAAAACACGUUUAAAUGUGGACAGCACACCAAACGAACGGGUAAAUGUGGAUAGAAAUGUCAAAACAGGCAAAAAUAACGUCCAGUGCAAGUAUUUCAGAAAUUUUGGCCACAACGUUGGUGAAAGUGAAAAAGUGGUCUGAAUGUGCCGCUAAGUUGCAUGCCUCGUCUUAAUGAAUGGAAAGCAAUAAUGAUCUGAAUAGCCAUACAUUUGUGGGUUGCCAUCCGUCUAACACUGGAGGUACAAUCUAGGACCAAAAUACUCUUUCUCACUUUUAUCUAUGAGGACAAAUCUUCGUUGCUGUCAAACUUGUAGCAUUUUUGAACCUAGUCUGUUGGUUACUGGUUUAUGGCCUUUCUUUUUCCGUCCAGGUUUCGUGGUGCCACAUACGCCGAUCGCAACAACAUCCGCUUUUGUUUCUCCCUUUGGCGCUAUGCGCUCGAACUGCAGCGUGUCUUCCUUGAGCCGCUGUGCCAUGUCUCGCAGUCUUCCUUCCUCAGCUUUGCCGAACUCUUUCACAUCAUCCUCUGCAACAGUUAUAUCGGUUUGCCGGCGGUCGGACUGGACCCCACCCUCAUUGUGGAUUGCAUAGAGCUGUCUGUGGACAAUAUUGAACGGUAG